UCCUGCGGUUCGGUUUCUCGAGACACGCGGUCCGGGGUUCCCGGGCGCCUCCCUGAUGAGGCCGCACGGCCCCGGGCCAAGUCGUAACCUCGACUUUGCUGAAGGUGCAACAAAGCAGAUCCUUGACCCCCAGGCCUAUAGGCCUCUCACAGACUGGCAAGCUUCGCCCCCUGCCCCUCUUCCCUUAGGCCUUAUCACCAAGCACCUUUUCCCACACAGCCAUCCAGACUAAGGAAGACCCGGAAACUUAGGGGGCACGUGAGCCACGGCCACGGCCGCAUCGUGUUGUGAGGUGGAACACUGCAAAGCGAUGAUCAUCCCAGAGUCUUGAAGGAACAGCAUUGCUGAAAGAGGGGUAUUAAGCAAAGGCACAGAGCUUUGUGUUUCUGCAGGCAAACACCGGAAGCACCCGGGAGGCCGCGGUAAUGCUGGUGGCAUGCAUCACCACAGGAUCAACUUCGACAAAUAUCACCCAGGAUACUUUGGGAAAGUUGGUAUGAGGCAUUACCACUUAAAGAGGAACCAGAGCUUCUGCCCAACUGUCAACCUUGAUAAAUUGUGGACCUUGGUCAGUGAGCAGACACGGGUAAAUGCUGCCAAGAACAAGACUGGAGCUGCUCCUAUCAUUGAUGUGGUGCGAUCGGGUUACUACAAAGUUCUGGGGAAGGGAAAGCUCCCAAAGCAGCCUGUCAUCGUGAAGGCCAAAUUCUUCAGCAGAAGAGCUGAGGAGAAGAUUAAGGGUGUCGGUGGGGCUUGUGUCCUGGUAGCUUGAAGCCACGUGGUGGGAGAUUCAUUAAAUGAUAACAAGUGCUUUUCUC